ACUCCACCUCCCGCCGUCCGACGCGCCGGACGGCUGUUUUGGUAACUGCAACUGCCGUUCUGGCCGUUCUGUGGCAUACGUACGUUUCCAAGCGUAGCGUCUAGAUGGCGUUCCACCGUACUCUGCUGCUCUAUGGGACACAAGGAAUGGGACACACAGUUUGUAAACAAAAAUCUAGAUGGCGGUACGAACAACGGAAGGUGGACUGAAGUGAGUAAUGGGGGGGCACCUCCUUCCGCGGGAGUUCCCCAACUGAGGUUGGUGGCCAGGGUAGCAAACAUUGGUUUCGGCUGUUUUGUUUGUUUGGCAUGUUUAGUUCUCCAUUCAUUCGUGCGACCCAGGGUUGUGCAUCUGUCCACUUUCCUCGUGUGCUCGUCUUCAACCUUGCCUCUAAUUUGGGCCCGCACAGCGCCAGCGCUGGCUAAUUUACGUGAAUUGGCGUGUUAGCCGCUUCACCUUUGAUUUACGUUGGUCUUUUUCUUCCUCCGGCCACAAGGCGACGAGCCACGACGAGCACGAGAGGGCAACCAAGCAAGCAGCAACAUGCAGGGAAAAGUCCGGCAGCGAGUCGCAACUGCGCCGACGCCGGCGAAGGUUGUGCUGUCGUUCAGCAGCCGCGAAGGACCGCUUGGAUAUUCGGUUACUUUUCCUAACGAGUGACGAGGCGCUCGAGUUGUUUAAUUUUUACUUCUUUCGCUGGUGCGGACGGACUGACUACCGGCGGUGGCGCAAGAAGCAAACGACUUUCUGGCAAUAUCUUCGCGACCGGUUAUUUUUACACGGUUCGAAAAAAACUCGGCUGCCGAAGUCAGUCCUGAGAGCGAGACAGUUCAGCGGGCGGUCAAGCUACGCUGCUCCGGGUUAAAUGAACUCGGCGCCCACGUGAUAGCGGCUUUCAGAAACGCUGAAAAUGUCGUAUAUCUUUAUCGUCGAGCCAGUCGAGCUUCGAUAGAGAAGCUCCUGCUGCCACUCUGCUUCGUCACCGAACUGAGCCACUAGGCGGGAAGACUCGUGACUGCGAGAAGGUUCUUGCCACGACCGGCGAGGCAGGGGUGCCCAGGCAAGACAUCAGCGUCGACCGGCGGCGGAGCAGCAGACAAGAUGGGUGGCACCGACAAUGUAUUUGGUGCCGUGGACUAUGCAGUGUUCACUGUGAUGUUAGUGGUGUCGGCGCUGAUCGGCGUUUACUACCGAUUCACGGGCGACCGUCAGCGGACAGCACGCGAGUAUCUGGUGGCGAACAAGAACAUGUCUGUGGUACCAGUGUCCUUCUCGCUCAUGGCCAGCUUCAUGUCAGCGGUCACCCUGUUGGGAGUGCCGUCGGAGAACUACUUUUACGGGACGCAGUUCCUGUUGAUCAACGUGGCGUACAUCUUCGGCACGCCCAUUGCGGCCUACGUGUUCCUUCCUGUCUUCUACAAGAUGCAAGUCGUCAGCGUUUACGAGUACCUGGAAAAAAGGUUUGGGCGAGCAACUCGGCUGGCCGCCUCUGCAACAUUCGUCCUACAAAUGGUCUUCUACAUGGCUGUGGUGCUCUAUGCUCCAGCUGUGGCCCUAAGUGCAGUCACAGGCAUAUCCAAGUGGCUCUCCAUCAUCUCCGUGGGGCUUGUCUGCACUUUCUAUUGUACUAUCGGUGGCAUGAAGGCGGUGCUAUGGACGGACCUCUUCCAGUCCUUGCUCAUGUACAUCGCUAUGCUUGCCGUGGUCAUUGUGGGCACCUACAACAUGGGGGGCCUGGACAAGGUCUGGCAGGAGGCACAAGAGGGGGGCCGGAUAGAGUUCUUCAAUUUUGACCCGGAUCCCACUGUGCGUCACACGGUGUGGACCCUUGCGGUGGGAGGCAUCUUUGUGUAUGUGUCCCUGUACGGGGUCAACCAGGCUCAGGUGCAGAGGCUCAUGACGGUCAACAGCCUGCGGAAGGCCCAGGUUGCCCUCUUCAUCAAUUGGCCACUAGUAUCUGCCCUUAGCAUAGUGACAAGUUUUGCGGGCCUUGUGAUGUAUGCCAACUUCAGGCACUGUGAUCCGCUCAAGGCAUGCAGGAUCUCCAAACAGGAUCAGGUGCUGCCUCACUUCGUGAUGGUCUACCUGGGGCACUUGCAAGGUCUGCCGGGUCUCUUCGUGGCGGGCAUCUUCAGCGGAGCCCUCAGUACCGUCUCCUCGGCGGUCAACUCGCUGGCGGCCGUCAUGCUUGAGGACUUUGUGCGUCCUUUCUGCAUCAGCCCCAAGACCUACGACACGCACGCCCCUCUCAUCGUCAAAGUUCUCGCGUUUUUCUUUGGUAUCCUGUGUGUGCUACUCACUGGAGUGGUGGAGCAGCUGGGAGGUGUCCUGCAGGCGUCCUUCAUAAUCUUCGGCGUGGUCGGAGGUCCGCUGCUGGGUCUCUUUACACUCGGCGUCUUUAGCUCCAGGACAAACCAGGCGGGUGCACUGGCUGGUCUUUUUGCUGGACUCAUCGUAGGAUUCUGGGUGGGCUUUGGCGCCGUCAUCUAUGUUGGCCGACCUACGGUUCUUGAGCUGCUCGUUGAUGGCUGUGGCGGUUCCAGCAACUCAACCGGGGCACUCGCCGAUGCUACCACGCUGAGCAAUAUGACCGGAGCAGACUCGGUCACUGUCUGUAUGGUGUCGGACAACAUUACAGCCACGAAUGUGCUACCGCUGUACCGGCUGUCAUACCAGUGGUACAGCGGCUUUGGCUGGCUGGUGGUUGUGGUCGUGGGACUCUUGGUGAGCCUGCUGAUCGGAGACACAGACGCUGUAGACCAUGACCACUUGAGCCCGGUCUAUUUGUGGAUGAUAGGUGCCACCAACGGCAAAAGCCGCUCUUGGACUCUUGGUCGAGUGCGGAAUUCUUCGGUCACCAGCUCUCAGAUACCCAUGGCAGUGGUCAAAGAAUAGUUACUGUUCCUGCAUCGCUCCAAUUGUGAGGGAGAGCUGCAAGCUUCAUGGUCUCCAGCUGUUCAUCGUGAAUAGAUUGCACUCUUAAUUGUUCUUUCUUUUUGUUAAGCUUGGACAUUUUUUUAUUUUAGUGCCUUGAAACUUGCCAUACAACGUUUGUGUUUGAGAAAGCAUCCACAUUAUUUAUGGCUAGUGUUCCUGACCUUCUUUUUUUAUCUGAGAAUGUCUUAAGAGUUUGUGUAGCAUGAUUUGUUCUCUUUGGCAGCUUUUUAUAUUUUUUCCACUGGCUUCAUACAUUGACCUCUGGAUUGAAAGUGUGUGAGGUGUGUGCCUUGGGUGUAUCGAUCAGACAUUUUGUGGAGUGCAGUCAUCAGUGCCAGUUUGACUGGAAUGCUGCCCUGAAUCGAGUCGAUCUGUGCUUUUGUUGCAAGGGUUUUCUCAGAGUUCAGCCCAAUCCUAUUAGUAGCCGGGUGGUCAGCAGUGUUCAAGUGUCAUGGUGCACUCCUGGACUGUGAUUCAGCUUCGCUGACAGCAUGUGUGUAAUACCCAGCUUCCCUAGGCCAACAUUUUUCCACUUCUGCCUGUAGACAUGGCACAGAUUGGCAAGCCUCGUGGCACCAGAGUGUCUGCAAAUGAACCAAAAAGAGGCAAAUUUGUCGACAAGAGUUAUUCCUAGGUUGUUAACAAUCUUUUGCAGGUCAACCAGAAGCACCCUUCAGAUGUUCGUUUACGGAGAAUAGGCCAUGAUGGAAAAAGAUAGAUUUCGGAAAAAUAGGGGAGAUUGGUGUAGACUUGAGCUCCUGUGCACUGCCACUAGCCUGUGUGGUGUUGGGACGUUUGCACUGACGAGAAGUCUUCCAAAGCAGCUGCGUAGAAGAGAAUAUUGUGAACACAGUUUUGUCUCUAAAGUGCUUCAGUUAUUCUCAGUUGUUCAUCCGAAAUAUUAUGGCCAGACCGUCCGUGUGAUCGAUUCACUCUGUGAAAGCUUUGUUGAAUGGACCUAGACAAAGAUGCCCUUUCUUGUUGCUUUAGCGAUUGCUUUUGCAUCUCAAGGGUGGACUUGCAAGCUGUACCUCAGAACAUCAUGUUACCAGCUACUGUAUUGCAAUGAUGCACUCUUGGGCCCUAUAAUUAUUAGCAGUGCUACAAACAUGCAUUGGUUUUAUAAAGCAUCAUUGCAUUCAUAGAGGUAUUUUAUUAAAAAAUCAUGGAAUCAUCUGCCUGAGUGGAAGCCAUUGGACCUUUAUAGAGAUGACAACCCAAUGCAACAAGUGUACACUUGUUGCUUGGUCAAAUGCAGUAAAAAGAAAAUACCUGCCGAGAUAAAACAAAUUGUACACCUUGUGUUUGUGGCACUCCGGCGUGCUAAGUGAUGUGUGCGGGUUGUGUCGUCAGCUGUGAAUUAAUUUAUUUUUAACAUUCCACAAGAUUUGUUGUGUUGAUUACAUUUUUUGUGGGACUGGAUUUCAUAAGGGUAAAAAAAAAUUGUACAUACAAUGUCAAGCUUUUUUUUUUCUUUCAAUUCCUGCUUGAUGUUUUGUUUUUUUUCUAUCAAGGUUUGUGUUAUGUUUCAUUUAUAUUUUCUAGCAUGUGAUUCAGAAUGUUGAGAAGUUGUGGUGUUUUUUAUUGGGAAGUGUGCUCAAGGGGCAUGUUUUUGUUUCAGUAUUUAUGAUACAACAAAGAAUGUCACAGGUUCCCUCUGUUCGUAUUUGGAUACCAACUUUUAAAGUGUGCAAUAACUUUGACUGGCUUAACUGAGCUACUAGUUUAUGAUGCAUGUGUUAAUUUUUAAUUGUUUUGUUUGUCAGUUUUUUUUUAUCUGGCAUAAAAUCCUCUGGUGCACAGCUUGUGUAAUAUAAAGUGCCAUGAAGGAAAAUAUUUGCCAUAUGACUUGCACAUAUGAUAUAUUGUUGCACUGAAAUUGAGGUGUGCAUUUUUUGGUUUGGCAGUGAUCUAUUUUUGAGGGGUAUUGAGUAUUUGCAUCCUAAGAAGGAAGAAGCAUUCUUUUACAAAAUGGUAUCUACAAGUUCUGUCUGCAUGUGGUUCUGCAGGGAACCUUUGCGGCAGGCAAUUUUAAGCAACCUCAGUUUAUGCAUGAUCAACGUGGGAACAUUUACAUCCUGUUGUGAUAGCCCAAUGAGAUGGGCCAUUUGGUUUGGGUACAGGAAAACAAAUUUAGCGAGGCUGAAUCCGUCUCGACAUCCUGCGAUACCUUGUUAAAGCCGAAGUGCAAUUAAAGAAUGGCCCACCAUCGAGCAUGCUGUGCACAUCAAUCUCUUCUAACGGACCACACACAUUGGAGUCUUUCUCGAAGAAGAAUUCCUGGAGGCCUGGGAAUGGCAACAAAUGUUCUGCCAAGACUCCAGCUUUUUCCCGAACAUAAAGCUGAAGAUGGCACUGUCUUCCUCAGCUCA